AUGUAAUAAUAAUUAUAAAGACACGGAAGUAUGGAACCGUUAAAUGAUCAAAAUGCUUAGGUACGUGGAAAUGCAUUAGAUUAAAAUUUAUUAAGAUCAAAGAACUGUAUUUUGUGGUUAUUAUGCUUUUGCUUUUUGUUUUGUACAAUAUAUUUAUAAGCGUUAUGGUAAAUUUGAAUUUAAAAUUAAUUAGUAUGAUACCAGGACUUUAGGUAUGCUCAAUGAAUGGAAUAGAAGCUCCUGUGCCCUUUUAAUAAAGCAUUAUUGCAUAUUACUUUUUUACAUUAUUGUUUCUAUAUAUGAUUUACUAUGCUCUUGAAAAUGUGAAACAUUCAAUUGUAGUUUAUAUUAGAUGGCCUUUAUUACUUUAUGCAUUAGCUGCUAUAAUAAUUGGAGUUAUUUCUAUAAUUUCAUCAUAUAGUCUUACUACAGAUGAUUUAUAAGAAGGAUGGAAUAAAAUGACUUAAUGGAGAAAACAAUAAUAUUAUGAGAGUUCUUCAACUAAUUUAUUAGAUGAAAACAAAAGGAAUCUAAUAUUAAUAAGCAUUUAUCAUUUUAUUUAUGGAUUCAUAUUUAUAGUUCUAUUUGGAUUAUUAUUCAAUUACUAAACAAUAAUGCCUUAAAAUUGGAGACCUCCUUUUUCAUCAAGACUUGUUUUAAGAUAAACAUUGAUUUAUAGAGAAGGAAUGAUAUAACAACCAAAAUAGGAUGAUGAAGAAAAUUAAGAGAAUAAAUAAGAUAAACCUUUUUAGGAUUACAAUCAAAAUGAGAUAAGAUAAUAAUAAUAAUAAUAAUAAUAAUCAAUUGAUUAAUAACCUUCCACUAUAUUUCAAAAAAAGAAUACUGGUCGUCGAGUUUUUGGAAAACAAGUACAAAAUUCAUAAGUUUAAUAAUAAUCGUAAUAAUAAUCUCAAAUACAAUAAUCUUAAAUACCCCCAUAACCAAAUCCUCAUUAGGAUUAACCAGAAGAAGGAAAUCAGCAACCAUUUUGA